CCGGCCGCGGAGUGGGGGGGGGGGGUGCCUUGGCUGUCGCUGGCUUUUUGCCUAACCGCGGCGGCGGUCCAGAGGCGUCGAGGCGCGGCCGGCUUUUCAGCUCUCGGGCGUCUCCUCGACGGCGGGAACUAGCCGCGGGGCUCGGGGCGGCGGCAAGGCCGGCUGAGGAGCCCCUCGCUGCCCGACUCGACGGCUUCGUCGUCUCCCAGAGCCGAGUGAGCGGCACGCUCGGCUCCGCGCAGCCGGGUCCCCCUUCGACGGCGCGCCGGCGCGGACUCCUCUCCUCCUCCUGGCCAGACGGCUUCUGCGGGCAGGAGGGCGACGCACCAUGGGCCGGAGGGAGAGCGGCCGCUUCUCGAGCAGUGCGCCCAGGUAUUCCCAGUCCCUGCAAUGAAUGGACACACUGUCCCGCCAGAGAACCCCGCACCGCCGAGCGAUUGGCACGCGUUCUGCGAGCAGCAUGCCAUCACCACCGCCAGAGAGCUGGCCCGGAAGUACCUCCUCUUUGUGCACGAGAAACCCCAGCGCGAAGUCUUGGCUGCCGAGAACUUCUCCCUGCAGUUUGCUGACCUCUUCCAGCAGUACUUCCGCAGUGAGGUGAAGGGGAGUUGUGCCAUGGACCGGUGCCGCGUCCUGCCCUUCAGCAGGGUGCGGGACUACAGGGAGACGAGCCGGAGCCGUGACAACGGCGCCCUGGGGACGGUUGUGCCAAAGGCCGGAGUGGAGUUGGCAGGGCAGGCUGACCGGGGGCCCGAGGGCCGCCUGCCCAAGUCGUGGAGUUCUGAGGAACUGGUGGAGACCGCUCCCUCGCUGGCCAUGAGGAGACACUUUUCCCUGGAUCGGUUGAGGAGGAGUUGGCGCAGCCUUUUCUGCAGGAGGUCCUCGGGGCCGGCCCCUGGUGACCAGGCCUCUGAAGUGCAAAAAGAGGGUAACCUAAAAUACUGGAUGGUGAUGGAAGCGACCAUGGACAGCGGGGCCCGUUGGCAGAGGUGUCGGCUGGUUUUGCGAAAAGUGGGGCCUUCAGACAGCGAAGAGUAUGUCCUGGAACUCUUUGAUCCCCCCAAGUGCUCAAAGCCAAAGCUGCACACCACCCGCUCGGAAAUCCAAGAGAUCCGACGUUGCACACGCCUGGAGAUGCCAGACAAUGUCCACACGUUUGUGCUCAAGGUGAAUACCUCUACGGACAUUAUAUUUGACACGGGAGAUGACCAACAGCUGCUUUCUUGGAUGUCUGAAAUCAAAGUGUGCUUCCGUCAAGGGUCAGAAGGCACGGACAUUGAGUGGGAUUCUCAUUCGGAGGUUGUAACUGCAAGCCCCAUGAACAGCAGCACCGACUCCCUGAAUCAAGGCGCGGUCCACUCCGGCCUCCCGGAACAGCCCUGCCAGAAGACAGACCAUUACCUGUCCUCCUUCCCCUGGUUCCAUGGCCCCAUCUCUCGCGUUAAAGCCGCCCAGCUCGUCCAGCUCCAGGGCCUGGAAGGUCAUGGGGUUUUCCUCAUCCGACAGAGUGAAACCCGGAGGGGAGAAUAUGUCCUCACCUUUAACUUCCAAGGAAGAGCAAAGCACCUGCGCCUCUCACUGACGGACAAGGGCCAGUGCCGCGUCCAGCACCUGCGCUUCCCCUCCAUCUUGGAUAUGUUGCACCAUUUCCAACGCUGUCCCAUCCCCCUGGAGUGUGGCGCUGCUUGUGAUGUACGGCUGUCCAGCUAUGUCGUGGUCGUCCCACAUACACAAGCAGGUUCCUGCAACCCAGUUCCACUCUCCCCUCCUGUCCACCUUGUCCAGCUGACUCCAGCCAGCUGCCCGUGGCUCCCGGACAACGACCUCCACCACAGCUCCUCAAUGGAGCAGAUCUUCCACCUGGUGCCCUCUCCAGAGGAGCUGGCCAGCAGCCUGUGGCACAGCAGCAGCCGCCGUCUUGCUACGCCGCCCACCUCGCCUGCCACUCGGCCGUGGGACAGUGACUAUGAGAUGGAUGCACAAGGCCGGGGCCACCUCCGGGCCGUCAACAACCAGUAUACGCCCCUUUGACAUGGCAAGGAGAACGACGCCACCAGCUUUUGCACAGAACUCUUGGCAAACAACUUUUCCCUUGCCUGCGUUGAGCAUUUAGGUUUGUAAAAUAGUGAGCUCACUCCACUUUGGGUGUGACCUUUGGAUUAGGCCUGUUAAAGGGCCUCUCUCUUUUUGUUAAGUUUUAAACUCAGAACAUUCUCCUACCGGUUUUGCACAUGGCUCUUCCUUUGCUUUUAGGUUCCUAGAUCGUUUGUAACUGGUACAGACUGUCUUUUAGAGUUGGCUGAUUUUGGUCUUUCUGUUCCCUUAGAGUGGAGGGAAAAGAGACCAAACUAAUCUCACACUUAUCUGCCUCUUGUAUGGCCAUGAACUAAGUCAUUCUCGUCCAGUUACGUAAAUGGAAGUACUUCCUAGUUCCUCCAUGGAGCAGUAAGGCUUCAGUUUUAUGGUUUUUAUUAAGUGCCUAUCAUGAAUGGAGCCAGGCUGCUGUUGGAUAUGCACACAAAUGGCCUUCAACACCGCUGAUGCCUUAAGAAGGAUCUGAAUACUAGAUGUCAAGUGGCCUCAGAUCUACCCAGGACACCCCUCCAAUCCUUUUACAUUGCAGCACACACUUGUCAUGGCUUCCCAGCAAAGGGGCAUAAACAAAGGCCUGAACCAAGAGAUGUUUUGCACAGCAAAGCCAUCCUCCCUGAACUAAGCAUUGCCUCACCUGCUGGAAGGAACUGUCACCGUGAAUCUAUUGACAGAUGCAGAGUUAGCAGGUGCUUCACUUAAAUGUGGGUGCUUCAUUUGAAAAUCUGCACUUAUGCCUUUAAGAUUGACACUUGAUGCAGGUGAUGACAGAAAGCUGUGGGCUCCCCACCCCUUUUCCUCCCCUGCCACCACUUUGACCUUGGGACAACUGGCAGUUAAGUUAUUUUUAAAAAGACAAUUAACAUAUGAGCUUGCCUCAAGCAGAGACAGUGAGCACGCCCUUGUUCAAGUUGGCUCACUUACUUACUUCAUCCGUUUCUACAGCCAAAAGCUUUCACAGGCAAACACCCAAAAGAUUUCUCUCUCUCUCACUCACCCCCCCACCGCCCCAAACAUCUACUUUAGAUACCCUGUUGUGAACAUACAUAAACCUCAGGCUUCAAAGUCAUCUGAGAAGCAGCCCUAAGAAUCAGGCACCUAAAUCAGAUGGUAGGUGAAAAACUCAAGAUUAAAUGCAACAAUAGAAAAUAUCUGGUUUAGCCUCACAGUCAGAGUGGCAAGUUUAAAUGUCAGCUUGUCAUGGGAUAACGCCCCCCCCCACACACACACUGCUUGGAUAAUCAGUGCAGGGAUUUUACUUGGGGGGUCUCCCUUUGGCAGCCACUGAAGAACAGCAAGGGGAAGAUUAGGGACUAUCCUCUGCCCACCCCUUCCCCCCUACAAAGGAUGUCUCCAAUUCUUAGGAACCACUCAAAAAGCAUUAGGACAGAGGAAUCUGCUUCAUACUGAAACCGGUUCCUCUCGCCCAGGAAUGGUCUCCUGCAGGGGUGGCCAGCCUCGGGCCUCCCAGGCACGCACAACUCCCAUGGGGAUGCUGUGUGGGGUGGGCCCAAUAGCAGCUCUCCAGCAGAGGCCUUUCUGCAGGCCGAGCUGGUUCUCCACCUCUGAGCGAUAGCAUGACAGACUUGAGGUCUAGAUGGCCUCCACUUGCACAGCUGCUGACCUCCAACAGGCCACAGGAAGUGGGCACUCACCGCUCUUGCCCUCCGGCGUGCCACUGGCUUCCCUACCACAUGGAUGAUGGUGACCUCAGAACCAUUGGGCUGGAACCCAAAGCACACCUCAGCCGAUGUGCUGGAACUGCAGCACGGCCAGACUUCUUCCAAGUGCCAGGUCACCCUCUUGAAAUUUACAGGCCAUGUGGUGGUCUGGAGACUUAAAAAAAAUAAAAAUCCACAGCCACUGCCUUAAAAGAUCUCUUGAGAAUUUGGCACUUUUGCUGGCAACUUUUAACACUGCUGGGUUUUGGCACGACUCUUUAUGAGGCUGAGACAUGCAUUUUCCAUUUAGAAACACACUGGAAAAUGACACGAGGCUGCAUUUGGCUAGGAACGUCAUUGCACUGGGGCAGCGAUCUUCCGGAGGCACAGUUUUGCCAUCCUGAGCAGGGACCUGGCUGCCAGUUCUCUCAUUCGCACAUACCAAACUUGGGUGAACACCUCCAGAAACAGAAGGGAGGAGCUUGGCCCCUCAAAGAGGUAACCCACCCCACUGAUUCGGUUUCUAAAGCAAGUAGUAGGUGCCCCCCCCCCUUUGGAGGGCAAAGAAGCAAAAGGCCUGUUUGUUUGUUUUUUAGGAGUGAGCCAAGGAGGCUUCUAGGGUGGCUACCAUGAGAAGCAGAACACAGACCUUGAUGGACUUUUAGGCCAGUCCAGCAGGGCUGGCCUUAGUCUUCAACCUGAGAGGGGUCGAGGGGCCCAAAGUCAACAAAACUGUUCUUGGCAAGUUUGUCCAAGCAGGCAGUUUAGAUUGUGGGAAAACAAAGCAACCUACACCACUCAAACAAAAUCAAACAGACAUGGGUGAUGGUAAGCAACCUAUAAUCAAGGUCAGCCGCCAGAGGAAUCUCUCUUAACACACAACAUUCUACAAGAUUGCUAUGUUCAAGCAUAUGAGAUUUUCUUUAAUUUUCUUUAAAUUAUUGCUUCAGUUUGGGGUCUGGUUUGGUGGAAAACAGGCUCCAAUACUACUAAAAGGGAAGUGGGAGGCGAUGAGGGGAUUUGAAAUGUGGUUAACCAGAAACCCAUCACAUGGCAUGGGUCUAAUCACUAGGGACUUGGCACCAAAGUCCCUGAGCUCGACGUCAAUCCUGCCUUCUGUAUCUCUUCCUUCCAGAAGGAUCAGUAACACGAGAAACAGCUAGCGCAGAUCUUUUUCAAUCUAGCAACAGCAGGAAGUUGAGAAAGUUGGAAGCGAUAAGCCUUGGGGCUUGCAAUCCCUUAACUGAACGGAGGAACUUAAUCGAAACUUCCACAAACAUUCAUGGCCUUCUUCCACGCUACAGGCAUUCUAGCAGGCCCUGGCGUGGCACAGCCAAUUGCCCCCCCCCCACCUCCCAUGGUGUACUUCACAAGCAAGUAUCUCUUUCUCUGUUCGUCUUGCACCAGAAACAUCUAAACUGCCUUUGCUGAAGGAGUUUCAGACAACAGGAAAGCCCUGGGAGCUGUGGGGGCCCUCUUUCCUGGAAGUCCAGUGACCAAGCAGAUGCAAAGUUUUCCCUGGGAGGAAGUUCUAGGAAAUGGGGGAAAUGCCAUCUUGCCUCUUGGCUGUGACGUGCCAGAGUAUCAAAGCUACCUAGCCAUUACUAAACCAGGGGUGGGCAAACCGCCCAGCUGCCGCUGAACUAUGUUUCCCAUCUUCCCCAGCCACAAUUUAUCAUGGCUGUGGACGAUGGGAGUUGUAGUUCAACAACAGCUGGAGGGUCAAGUUCGCCCACCCUUGUCCUAAACACUCACCACACACAGCAGGAGAGUCCCAACGACACAAAAACCAGCUGGGUCCCAGUCCAGACCCUACUUACAAAUCCACAGAGCCUUCCCAUCUCUAGCCACCUCUCCAUUCCAUCCUCAGACAACAAGAUUAGUUUCUCAAGAGAGAGAGAGAUCAGGUCUCAAAGCCUUGAUGGGAAUUGGAAUGUCAGAUACAAAGCAGCCCAAAAAACCCCAGAUGUGUGUAGGGGCAGGAUUUUCAAAGGUAAGGAAGAUGCACGCUGCACAUGCUCCAAGAUGCACUCAAGUGUGUCUGAGGGCAAAACCCCUGCCUGGAAAACACAUGGGCUCCACAUUCAGCCAUGACAGACUGCCUGCCCAGGGGAGGGCAACAUGCAACUUAAAAGGAGGCUACCUUUGCGACAUUCGAGACCAAAGGAGUAGAGGAAUGGCAGGGGGGCCCAGGCAAUAGGCCGGCCUACACCCAGCAGUGAACAGCUUCUCAGGUUGUCACUGAGAGGUCCCAGCAGAAGCCUCCCUGGAUGCACUUUCAGACUUUUAAAAAUCUAACAGAACAGCCUCUGUCAACAGCAGCAACACCAGCCCGUGAAUGGGUUCAAUUGCUUGUCACUCAUUUUGUUUUUGUUUUCAAACCAGUAGGCCUUUAAAAGGAGAAAACCGUGUGUUCUUUUUAAGCACUUCCCCUUUCUGGUCUUGUAUAAUAAUAUUUUUUCUAUAUAUGGUUUCUGUAUGUACUGUACAUGUAACUUAUUCUUGAAUAUUGCUAAAAUAAAUCUAGAUAUCUGCUCCUGCAGUAAAAUAAA